UCAAUACUUUCCUCUGGUCACAUUCUCUCCACUAGAUUUUUGUUUUGGUUGUAGCUUUGGAAAAAAUGGUUAUUUCAAAGGAGGAGACGGAAUUCCUAAAACGCAAGCAUGAGCACACGCUUAAGCUGCGUAAUGAAUACCUGAAGCAAAGUUCCAAUCCUUUCCGCCAUGCCACCGGUGAAGGAGGCACUGUGUUCGACGCAGGAUUGUCCCGCUUCCAGGCUAUGCGCGUGUCAAACUAUGAGCACUUCAAGCCCACUGGCAAGUCUUUCCGCACGGGUCUGUUCGCUGUGGCCCUGCCAAUCGUUCUCUACGCCUGGGCCCUAAAGGCCGAACGCGACGGACGUGAGGAGAAAUACCGGACCGGCCAGGUAGCCUACAAGGAUCGCCAGUUCAAGUUUAUCUAAGUAAUUCAUCAACUGUUACUCUUUCGUAAUCUUCAAUUGUAGUGGAAAUUAAAUGAAAAUCCAAAAGAUC